UUAUAUAGCUUCAAUUUCUCUGUCCAAAUGGAUUCCUUCUUCGUUUCUGCAACUCAACUCCAAGAAUGUUAAACCAAGGUUCAUUGAUAAGUUCACAGUUGACGCAACUUUAACCAAUUUCCUAAGCCACUGCAAUAUAAGUUGGAGACAGUUAAACAACUGUAAGAUCUAAGCUCAGGUUGAAAUGAAAAUGGAUAAAACAGAUGGAUACAUUUUCAUGGUUAUUAUGAUCGGAUCUCUAGCAUUACUUGGAAUAGUUCAAGCCCAACCAAGAGCUCAAAUAGUGAAUACGACAUGUGGCUCUCGAGAGAAUAACAGAACUCAAGUCGUUUCCAAUUUCAUUCUUGUAAUGGAGGAACUUAAUGAUCUUAUCCAUCAAUUCGGUUGGGGAACUGCAUUUAAUGGUUCAGGGCCUGAUGCUAACUAUGGCCUAGCUCAGUGUUAUGGGGAUCUAUCUUUGACUGACUGUCCAUUGUGUAUUGCGGAGGGGCGUGCUGUUCUUCCUCUGUGCUUUCCGAAAGUUGGUUCCCGAGUUUUCCUCGACGGGUGCUUCAUGAGAUCCGAUAACUAUAGCUUCUAUGAUGAGUACUUGGGACCAUAUGACAAGGUUGUGUGCGGGAAUACAAGCCGUAAGGGAUCAAACUUUCAAGCAUCAGCUAGAGAAGCAGUGUCUCGGGCGGUGACUACUGCACUGGAUAAUGGAGGGCAUUAUGCUAAGGCGCAGGUGGCGGGGUCUGGAUUGAAUGAGACGGCUUAUGUUUUGGUUAAUUGUUGGAAGACAUUGAACCGGAGUGCUUGUGAAGCAUGUUAUGAGAAUGCAUCGGCGGCUAUGUUAAGGUGCUUGCCAUGGUCAGAGGGACGAGCACUCUACUCUGGCUGCUUCAUGAGAUACUCUGAUACAGAUUUCCUCAAUAAAGAACCUGGAAAUGGGAGUUCAAGAGGAACCAUUAUAUCUAUAAUUGUUUCCACUGUCAGUUCCCUUGUUGUUUUGGCUGUUCUUGCAGCUAUUGGAACUUAUAUCUGGAAGCGCAGAUACAUACAAAAGAAAAGAGAUCAAAAUGAUGCAGACCAGUGGGUGAAAGUCCUUCGUGACAGUAGCUUAAAUUUCAAAUACUCUACACUCGAGAAGGCAACAGGUUCGUUUGACGAGGCGAACAAGCUUGGACAAGGAGGAUUUGGGACAGUUUAUAAGGGGACUCUACCUGAUGGAAGAGAGAUAGCUGUCAAGAGACUUCUCUUCCACAAUCGACACCGAGCCGCAGAUUUCUUCAAUGAAAUCAAUAUAAUAAGCAGUGUGGAGCAUAAAAACCUGGCGAGAUUGUUGGGAUGUAGUUGUUCCGGACCCGAAAGUCUUCUCGUCUAUGAGUUCCUUCCUAACAAGAGCCUCGAUUCAUUCAUCUUCGAUCCCAGAAGAGGUAAAGAACUUACCUGGGAAAAGAGGUACCAAAUUAUCAUUGGGACGGUAGAAGGUUUAGCAUAUCUUCACGAGAACCCCGCAAACAAAAUCAUUCACAGGGAUAUAAAAGCUAGCAAUAUCCUGUUGGAUUUAAAGUUUCGUGCCAAAAUUGCUGAUUUCGGUUUGGCGAGGGCUUUCGAUGAAGAUCGAAGUCAUAUCAGCACUGCUAUUGCUGGAACACUAGGAUACAUGGCUCCAGAAUAUCUAGCCAAAGGCAAGUUAACGGACAAGGCCGAUGUUUAUAGUUUCGGUGUUCUUUUACUAGAGAUGGUAACCGGAAAACAAAAUAAUGGAAGCGGACACACGGAUUACUCAGACAGCAUAAUUGCAGUUGCAUGGAACCACUUUCAAUCAGGGACUGCAGAGGAGAUUUAUGAUCCGAAUAUAAUGCCAAAAGAUAUCGACCAAUGUAACAGUGUCAAGAGUCAGAUAUACAGAGUGUUGCAUAUCGGACUUCUUUGCACCCAAGAGAACCGAUCACUAAGGCCGUUCAUGUCGAAGGUACUACAGAUGCUAACCAAGAAAGAUGAAGACCUUCCGGCACCGACGAUUCCUCCUUUUGUGAAUGAACAAACCAUGGAAUUCAAUGAUACGGAUGAGAACGAAUACUACCUUCUCAAUGCAGGGGGUACUAACUCACUCGCCACCAUCGAUCACAGUUCAUUUCACCCGAGAUGAUGUUUGAAGCCAGAU